CUGACCGGCAAGCCUGGAACCAGUUCAGCGUGGGUCGUUUUCUUAGGACCGCCACAUUACACUAUUGAUUGCAACGGGCAAAUAGCGCCUCCCAAACAGGAAGAGGAGCGGCCAUCAUUGAUUUCUUCAUUUCCAAAGAAGAAAUAGAUUUUUAAAACUUGAGACACAAAUUAUAUCUUUGUUUUAGUAGUUCAAAAUAGAAGAAUAGAAGUACCAGUCUACAUGUGUUGGGAUCAACUUGAGAAUUAAAGACCUGGAACGUGCUAACACACACGGCGCGCGGGCCUGGGAGAGAAACAACUUGCUUUCUGCUCCAAAGUGGAUUAGUGAUGUCAAGUGGGACGAGGGUUGCCUGUCCGAGGGCAUCAUGCCACCCCUGUGUCAGGGACCACUCUUUAUGUUCUGAGGAGAUGUUGGACUGACUUCAAUCACGCACUGUGUCCAGGCGGCCAGAGGGAGUGCAACAAUCUUAAGCGCUUUUACUCACUUCUGUUUUCUGACGUCAUAGAGUGACUUCUGAAAGUAGAAUGAACUUAUAUAGGUCCAUUCAAGAGUAACGCAAUAUAUCAGGAUAUUGGGGAACAAACGAAAACAUAAUCUUUAGGUGAAACUCAAGACAGGUCAAGAUGACGAUCCAUAUUCCAGGUCUUAUUGCCAUCAUCCUCUUCUACGUCCUCAUCGUAGCUGUGGGCAUCUGGGCAUCCAGGAAGACCAAGAGUGGGGGCAACACCACCGAGACGGAGGAGGUGAUGCUGGCUGGCCGAAACAUCGGACUUAUCAUAGGAAUAUUUACUAUGACUGCUACUUGGGUAGGCGGCGCUUACAUCAACGGAACUGCGGAGAUGAUCAUGCGCAGUGGGCUGCUGUCUUGCCAAGCACCAGUUGGUUACGCUCUCAGCCUCGUUUUUGGCGGUCUGUUCUUCGCUAACAGAAUGAGGACACAAGGCUACGUCACCAUGCUGGACCCUUUCCAGAUCAAAUUUGGGGAGAGGAUGGGCGGUCUGCUAUUUAUACCUGCCCUGCUGGGCGAAGUGUUCUGGACAGGGGCUAUCCUGGCAGCUCUAGGUUCCACCCUAUCAGUCAUCAUGGAGUUGCCCACACAGCCGGCUAUUAUAGUCUCGGCUUGUGUGGCCCUGUUCUACACACUAAUUGGUGGCCUCUACUCAGUGGCCUAUACAGAUGUAGUACAGUUGUUUUGUAUCUUCUUUGGUUUGUGGAUCAGUGUUCCCUUCGCCAUGACACAUCCAGCCGUCUCCAACAUUGCAGUGAAUGCCACAGAGAACUGGAUCUAUCCAAUCCCAGUCAACGAGAUACCCACAUACUUCGACAGCUUCCUUCUCUUAACUUUUGGAGGCAUUCCGUGGCAGGUAUACUUCCAGCGAGUCCUGUCCUCAAAGACUGCCAUGAAAGCUCAAGUGUUGUCCUACAUUGCGGCCAUAGGUUGCAUCAUCAUGGCCACGCCUGCAGCACUGCUUGGUAUCGUUGCUGCUUCAACAGACUGGAACAAGACUGAUUGGACUGGUGGCUACCCCGUACCAGAUAAAGACCUUCCUCUGAUUCUGCCAAUGACCCUCCAGUAUCUCUGCCCACCGGUCAUCACAUUUUUGGGUCUUGGUGCCCUGUCUGCUGCUGUCAUGUCUUCCGCCGACUCGUCCAUCUUGUCCGCAGCCUCCAUGUUUGCACGUAACAUCUACCGGUCUGUGUUUAGACAUGUGGCAUCCGAAAGGGAGAUCAUCUGGGUCAUGAGAGCUGCUAUUUUUGGUGUGACGGCUCUGGCCCUGGCCAUGGCACUGUGUGUUAAGUCUAUUUACGUCCUGUGGUACCUUUGCGCCGACCUGGUGUACGUCAUUCUCUUCCCGCAACUUCUGUGCGUCAUUUACAUCAAGAAAUCCAACACCUACGGAUCCCUGGCCGGAUACAUCUUCGGUCUCUUCAUCCGCAUAGCCGGGGGGGAAAUGGCCAUCGGCCUCCCGGCCUUGUUCAAGUUCCCCCUCUACGACGAGGAGACGGGCAUGCAGGGGUUUCCGUACAAGACGUUGGCCAUGCUGGUCACCCUCCUCACGUUGGUCGUGGUCUCUUACUUGACUGCCUACCUCUUCGAAACCGGGAAGCUGCCUCGCCGCUUCGACAUCUUCAUGUGUAUCGUGAACAUCCCCGACGAGCAGAUGGUCCUGGCUUCCAGGGAGAGCGUAGAUGAGCACAUCAAGUUCGGCCUGUACGGCAAGGAGAACGGGAAGGUCAACCCGGCUCUGAAAUUCUCCAACGAGGACCUGGUCAGUGGCGCAGGUGUCGUCAGCGACGAGUCCCUUCCAGGAGAGAAGAAAUCUCUCAAACUGCAAUAAUGUUCGUGGAUCAUUAGCUCAGUGAAUCACUCUUCAAAUAUUCUUUUUGUUUUGAAUCGUAUUGUAACAGCUAAAUGAACUGACUAUGAAAUGUUUGGGGAAUGGAGUUUAACGUAUUGUGUCUUUGGACAGAACGUGCUAUGAGCGAUAAGCCUCACUUGUUCAUCGCCCCACUUUCUCCUGGAUAAGUUCCCUUCUUUCUAGCCACUGGGAAUAGAAACGAAGAAAACCUUUGGGAAUGUCAUGAACACUGGGAUAUCUUACGAGGCAAAGGCUGCAUAUUUAAUGGCAUUCCAAGAAGGAUUUUAUGUGAUGUUUACUGUAUUAAAGGCUUUGAGAAAUAAAUGGGUGCAUAUAUUCUAAACUAACAAAGUAUCUUAGCCAAAUCAAAUGUUUUUCUUGUGACUGGAGUAAAGUGUUUUUUCGUUCAUCUCAGUCGCAAUGAUCGUAUGUUAUACAUUGAGGUGAUAAAAGCACAAGCUGACAUUUUGUUUUUCGAUCCCAUUAUUCUGUGAGCUGAAAUCUUUCAUUAGCACUUCCUGUGUUCUUAUGACCUAGUAUAGAUUACGUCAUUUAUGGGUAACAUUUCCACAGAGAAGCAUUGGCUUCACCGUGACCCAGUCUUAAGACAACUUUACCGAUAUUUUAAUCUAUUUAUAUACAUGUUUAUCUAUGUUUAGAAUGUUUCUGUAAACAAUAUUUUUAAAAAGUAUAAUUAUGAAAUCAUUUCACUUAAAGCAUUAAGACAUACAUUGUGUGACAUUUUUUUUUUGGUUGAUUAAAAAAAGAAAUAGGAAAGGAUCAUUGAAGUCAAAAACAAGAAACUUGUGAGAGAUUUUUCUAGAACGCUGAGGUGGUCAAUUGUAGUCCAACUGAAUAUCUAUUUGAUUUUUGAUUGGACCAAUAAAAAUUAUCUUAUCUUAUCUUAUCUUAUAGUAAGUAAUAAAGUUGUCACUAUAUCGUGAAAAGAAAAAGUAAGAAAUGGUAAGAAAUUACGAGAAAUAUAUUUCUAGGGUUAAUAUUAGCUUUUUAAAUUUAAUUUAUAUUAUAUUAUAUAUAUAUAUAUAUAUAGCUCCUCCUUCACUAUCGAGUAUGAGCACAUUUCUCAUAUCCUAUGGACUCGAAGAUAUAUUAUAACUUGUGCCAACAAUCAUAGAGAUUAUUGUAACAUUUGACUAUAGCUCAUUUUUUAGAACAAAAGAAAUUGUAAAACAGAGGCGUCCUUAGCUGUACGGCUUGACCCUGGGCAAAUGUCACAUGGCUGACUCUUAUCCACAACUCCAUGCUAAAAGCUUUCACGAUAAUUGUUCAACAUGCCAGACAAACUUUAAUGACUAAACUAUAAUGACUAAACUAUAAUGACUAAACUUUAAUGACUAAACUAUAAUGACUAAACUAUAAUGACUAAACUAUAAUGACUAAACUAUAAUGACUAAACUAUAAUGACUAAACUAUAAUGACUAAACUAUAAUGACAAAACUAUAAUGACUAAACUAUAAUGACUAAACUAUAAUGACUAAACUAUAAUGACUAUACGGUUUAUGUUACGUCCACUGUUGUUGUUACAUUAACAUAUAACGUACUGGUACAGUACAUUAGUUAGUGGCAUUUUUGUGUUUGAUGGUCAGAUGGCUAUAAAAGAAUCCCCAUAUAGCAUGGCCCCUUUCAGGCCUGGUACGGUUGCCCCACUCGCUACUCCCUAAGGCCGCCUCUGGUGUAAGAAAUGUGUGUCUCAUCUUGUCAAUGUUGUACUUCAUUUCUUGUGUUUCAAUGAUUGAUGUCUAAUAGAAGAACAAAUGCAGGGGCGUAACUAGGGAUUUGGGGGCCCGGGGGGAUAGACCUCUUUGGGGGCCCCUUGCAUUUUGACAUUCGACAUAUGACAUGUAAUAAUGUACGCAAAAAUAUAUAAGCCCCAAAUCAAAUUGGUUCAGUAUAUCAGUAAACUUAAUAAAAAGUAAUCAAGACUCUUUUAAUGAAUAAUACCUUUGUUUAUUAGUUAAAUAAUGCACAAGUGACAAAUCUCAAUUGAUAUCGCUUCACGUUGUGCAUUCUGUGCAGCAAAGACAUCUAUAACAUCAACUACAUCGAUACUUUCUAGUAUUUGUGACUUCACUAACAUUAAAGCCAUGAUAAGCCUUUCUUGUGUCAUUGUGCUCCUGAGAUAGCUUUUGAUGAACUUGAGCUUUGAGAAUGAUCUCUCACAUGACGUAAUGGAAGUGGCCUGAGUUAGCAGUAUUCGGAGGAGGUUGCAAAGUUUGAGCACACGUAAUUACCAUAUGAAGCCUGUUUCCUCAAUAUGUCUAUUGGUGAUUGUAUUACUGGUUUGUUGAUGAAAAGUGCUCGUGCAUCAAUGACAUCAUUGAAAAAGCGAUUUUCCAUUUAUUUCAUCAUACAAACAGGAAAGGUAGCACAGUUUGUCAUAAGCGGGUCUUCAUCUAACAGGUGUCUUGGUUCAAGAAGAAACCCAAAGGUAUCCAUUUUCUUUCCAGCCUUUAAAAUCUGCCCUUCAUCUCCAUAUGAAAUCUGUCCAGCACUUCUGUCGCAACACGUUUGAAUUGCAGUUCUAUUGACAGUCCUACAUUAGAACUCAACUUCCCAUCAAGUCUUUUCUUUCUUCUGGUUUUGAUUAUUAUUAUUAUAGCUUUUAUAUUUUAUAGCGUUACUUUCAUGCUUAUAGCAUGCUCAGAGCGCUUUGGUUCAAUCUCAUUUGUGGACCAGUUGGGGGGGGGGGGUAAUCUAGGAGUUGGUUUUCCGUGCUGCCUUUAGGCGCUCAGUAAAAGCAACUCUGCCGAGUCGGGUGUCGAACCUCGAGCCAAGACAAGCCAAGUUCAAGUGCACUUAGCCUUUCGACCACGCUUCCCACAGGGAUUACAGGGAAUACAUAGUAUUCACUACCUUCGUUUGCUUUUUUUGAUGGAUUGGGUUUUUGUCAGUUUCUCAUCAUUUUGCAGAAAGCAUGAAAGGGUACUAAUUUCUUUAGCAGCUUCCCGUAUAUGCAGUCCAGACUUUUGUAGUUUCUUCUGAACAAUAUAAAUUGAGAGCAAGAGCUUUGACCAGAAUUCAAGAUAGGCAAAAAAAUCUUAAUUUUCCACUGCAUGAAGAAGAUUCUGUCCUAAUAUUAUAUGGUAUUACGUCAUUGUUGGUUGUUUAUGUUUUGUUCGAAAGCAAAAGGAUUCAGAGCAUACAAAAGUGGGAAAGAUCCAUAUCUCGUUAUGCUCGAGUAUAGAAAUACUCCGAUAAGUGGACUGCCGUAUUCACCAUCACAACUGAUGACGAGAAGAAGACUCAGGGAAUCAUUCCAACUGAUCUCAAACUAUUGAAACCAUCGGUAGCUGAAAAUGCAGAGACAUUACUCAACGAACGACAGAUGAAAAGCAAAGUGAAAUACAAUGCAAAAGCAAGACUACCUAAAGAUUAUUAUGUCGGAGAGUUCGUCUAGGUCAAACAUGGCAUAAAGCAGUUGUCAUAAAAACAUUCAGCACCCAGAUCUUACAUCAUAAAGACAAACGAUGGAAAAACAUACAGAAGAAAUCAACGCUUUUUAAAUAAGAGUUUCGAUGAAGACAUCUCUGGGUACUAUGAUACCGAUGGAAACAAUGAACUGCAAACUGUUGGAACAAACGAAACAGACAGUUAUAGACCAACGUCUAGAGAACUUGUUGUGCCAGUCAAGACAACCAGAAAUGGACGAAUUGUUAAAGUUCCUAGUAGACAGGGCGGCCUUACUCCACUGCAGCCUAUGCGGUUGCAGUGGGCCCCGCGCUUUCAUAGGACACGCGCUAAUUCUAAGUGUACAUUAUUAAAUUACACCAUUAUAACGUAUAUAAAAUAACAGGGUUUUCGUGACCUCCUGAUUUCCCAGGGCCUCCAGGAAAUCUCAUGAAAAGGCAAAAUAUACGAUAAAGUCCUGAACUUUUUUUGAAUUUAUUCAAAUCUCCUGAAGAAUAGACGAAAUUGACAUUUUGGGGUGCCUAUAAAUAAAAAGUGGCAUUUCAUUUGAUAAAAAUGUAUUGCAAAGACGAAAGAAGGCCUAUUUUUUAAUUCAAAAAAAAAUAAUAUUGACAUUAUGCUCAUCCCUACCCAGACUAGGCCCCGCGCGAUCCGUUUCGCAUAGGGCCCCGCAAAUGCUAGGGCCGGCCCUGCUAGUAGAUAUCACUCUUAAGAACUAUAAAAGGAAGGGUGUGAUAGUAACUUCAAAAGGAAGGAUGUGCUAAUAUUAUAUGAUAUUACAUCAUUGUUUGUUGUUUAUGUUUUGUGCGAAAGCAAAAGGAUUAGAUGGAAAUAAAAAGAGAGUUUCCAUUGGAUUGAGGAAAAAUGAAAAGAUGGGUAAUAACUCGAGUGUGAAGUUUAAUUCUGAAAUUAUAGACGCCAAACCCGAAUAAUGGACUAUUCUUGCAUUAUUAAGAAUAACUUUUAGAUCUGUUAUACUCGAUUCUGUAAAUUUUGCUUCAAUGUUAAUUAGUGUAGCCAUAAAAUACUCGCCAUUUAGAUCUAUUAUUAGUAAAGGUAACAAGAUACCUAGAAUUCGCUGAAUGUCAUGCAGUUUUAUUCGUGGCAACAAAGUUUAAAAUGUAAAAGUAACUCUAGAACAAACUUUGAUCUCUGUGGGAAAAUAUAUUUGUAAAAUGUCAACAAAGUCAACGUACUGAUAGACCUAGAUCUAGGUUUAGUCUUUGUGAUAAAUUUUUAAUCCAUAAAUGUUGAAAAAAAAAAGACACCCGUUGACACUAUUUGUCAAUCAAAUAUAUUAAUUUAUGUAUUUACAAAUAAAUUUCGGACACCCAUUUGGGGGCCCCACCUAGGUGGGGGCCCGGGGGGAUUUUAAAUUUCUCCCCCCCCUCCCCCCCCUUAGUUACGCCACUGAACAAAUGUUUGGAUCAGGUGUGGAAUGAAUCCGAGACUUACAAACAAAGACUGAUUGCAGCUCCAUAACGAGGUUUGUUCAUUUGAGAUGUGUUUUUAAAAACAAAAAUGUCACAUUUCCUAAAGAAGUGUUCGAGCAGAGGACGAUGUUGUACAACUUCAUGACGGUAGAGUCUAUCCACUGCCAGCAUUGUGUCCAUAGUCAGUACACCGGAUGCACCUUGCUGUUUACGAAAUUGCACUCAUAUUGGAAAACCUCCAAAUGUCUUUGUGUAUAUAAACAACAACAGACCAACUACUUUUAGUUACAAUCGCAACAAUUUGUUACUUUUGUAAGGUAGGCAAAGGUUUGGUUUGGUAAACAUAUUUAACUGAUUUAAAGUUCUUCAUUAUAAUUUAGAAUGUUCUUAAAACUAUACAAAAUUUUUUUUUUUUAAAUUCACUGUUACCACUGUUACUAUUAAACAUUUUAAAUAACCAUCCUCCCCCCUCCCUUUUAAAAUGCGAUAUUAGUUUGCUAUGUGGACGUUAUUUAAAACUGUUUUGGUGAACUUGUGAUGACCUUCAAUGUGAUCAUGUUAAAGUUUAGCUCUUCAUUAAGUCAGAGAUUGACUUAAUAAGUGGUUAGUUUUAAAUUGAUAUUUUUUACUUUUAUUUUUUUGUUUGGUUAAGUAGUUUUGUCAAAUUAAAUUUAAGUGAUAGCUGGUUUAGUUUUCAUAUUAAUCUUUUACUAUCGAAUCUUUUAUGACUGUCUCUUUGUCUCUCUUUCUCUCUCUCUAGUUGUCGUUUUAAUUACAAUCAAAUGUAGCUUUGGAAGAGGAGUUAUUAUUCUUAUUUUUACUUCCUAAAUCUACUAGUUAAAAGUACACUUGAAAGUGCUUGUAUAAGAUUAACUGCCUUUUGAAAGGAGACAUUGUUCCCUUUGACCUGACCUGCUUUGACCUGACUUGAUCUAGUGUACUGUUAUUUCAUUCCAAUGUUUGAACAAAGCAGAAGCAGUGCGUUUCUAAGGUUACCAUGGCGAUCUAUUUGUUAGGACACAGUUUUUUAUGUCCCUUUACUGUACCAAUGUCACUUCCUUGAACUCAGUCUGACCCACGUCACGUGAUAGGCUACAAGCCAUGGCGGAAAAAUAAACCUGCAUGUAACAAUACAAAUAUACAUUUACAUUGUAUAUAUAAAAUAAUAUUAUAACUAUUUUUAAUGGACUUAUGUGUACAGUUUUAUAUUUAAUUAUUCCAUGUAACAAAGUUUAGUAUGUCGGUGACUAAAGACCGUACACAUGACAUGAGGACCAUUACUGAGAAAUCCAUGUUGUUUUAGUUAUGUAUUAAGUUAAUUUAGAAUUGCUGUUAUAUGUGUGCCUAGAUUAGUUGAACUAACGAAAUGUUAUUGUACUAUACUUGAAUAUGUUUUGUUCAGAACCCUAUGGGUGUAUAUAUUGUCCUAUGAAUGCCAUUAGUUUCAUUUAGAACCAGGUCAACAUGUGCAGUAUGUCUACCUGUUUCUAUAUCAACGGAGAGUCAAGUCCUGGACUACUGUCCAGGCAACAUAUCACUGAGUUUGAAGAAAACGCCAGCAAAUAGAGGACAAUAUUGAAAGUUAAUGGAAAUACCUUAUAAGAUAUUUUAUGAACUAUGUCUACUAUGAAAAUGUUUCAGUGUCAAAAAAGACUAUUAUUUGUUAUUUUAAGCAAAUGUUAUAAUAAUGUUUUUCUUUAUUCAACAAAUCAUCCUUGUUUUUGCUUUGUUUUCAGAGGAUAUUGACAAACAUUCCUUAACAUGGCAGUUUAGUUUAAAAACUGCAUAUAUAAUAAGACGAUUGAUUAAUCUGGUCAGAGUGAUUUACUAUUUUAGAUUAAUAAACAUUGUCUUUUCAUAAGGAUGUUUAGUUGAAACCAAAUAAUGUGCUAACCAAAGACACUCGACCAGCAAGGGCGAUGUACUCUGGCUAUUUGGGAUGGACUUGAUAAUGUUUUUGAGGGUAUUAAUUUAACUUACUUCAAAAGUCUUCAGCUGUCUAAACAAGGGACAUUAUCUUUGGUGUUUGCCGGAAUGGGAAGAGAAACAUCCAGAUAAAGGGAGAAAAUGCCCCCUAAUGUUUGUUUUAAAAUUAGUUAUUAAUAUUUUAUUAAUGACAGAAAAAAAAUAGAAUGGACUACCUAUACAUUGUACAAAUAGUAUGGACAAUGUGUGGACAAAGCAUGACCUUGCAUGGACACAAUGUGGACAUAACGUGCAACAUGAACAUAACAACGACACAACAUGGACACAUCAUGAGUAUGUUGUAAACUUAACAUGGACAUAAACUGGACAUGUAAUGGAUAUAGCAUGGACAUAACAUAGACACAUCAUGGGCCAAUGGUUUACUCCUUCUCUAUCCAUUGACAUUGACAGCUUUCAUUGGACCCAUUCACAACUUAUUUUAUUGUGUAUGCAGCUUGGCGAUACAUCUAGAUCUGGCUAGUUGUUCAGAAUGUAUUUAUAGAUUAGAUUCACUGUAUAUCUGUUUUGUUGUGAGUAGGAACCAAAUGUGUUGGAGCAAUAUUAAAAAUAUUCUGCAAGAA